CAUUUAACUCAUUAACCACUUAUUCAAGCUUGCUUUAAGUAGUUUUCAAAUGCUACCCCACCCUAACCAAAACCUGUAUAUCUCACUAUCUGCAUAAGAAAUAAUCCAGGUUCUUUGUGAACAACUCAAUGGGGCGCCAUUCUUGUUGUGUGAAACAUAAUAAGCUUAAAAAAGGUUUAUGGUCACCAGAAGAAGAUGAGAAAUUGUACAAUUACAUAACAAGAUUCGGCAUCGGCUGCUGGAGUUCUGUGCCUAAAUUAGCAGGAUUGCAAAGGUGUGGAAAAAGUUGCAGGUUAAGAUGGAUAAACUACUUGAGGCCUGAUCUUAAAAGAGGAAUGUUUUCACAGGAAGAGGAGGAUCUCAUCGUUACACUACAUGAAUUUCUUGGUAACAGGUGGGCUCAAAUUGCAGCACAAUUACCCGGAAGAACAGACAAUGAUAUCAAAAACUUAUGGAAUUCUUAUCUGAAAAAGAAGCUGAUAAAGCAAGGACUUGAUCCCAACACUCAUAAGCCAAUGGACGAAACUGAAGAGAAUUGUACAGAAAAAUGUUCACUACAGAUACUAGAGCCUGAUGGGAUUACAUAUUCAUCAAUAUCAGAUGCAAUGAGACAAAUAUUUGAAGAACAAACUGAUAUUUCAAGGGAGAAUUUUGUGAACACACAAGUGUAUGAAUAUGAUCCCCUAUUCUUAUCAGAGUUUCAAGCAAAAGUAGAUCCUAAUGGAUACCAUCCAAGUUUUCUGAUCACACGUGAUCAGAAUCAGAUGGAGGGAAAUACAAAUCAGAAUCAGGGUUCAGGUUGUGAUUCAUUUUCUAGCUUAAUGAAUUUUGAUCAUGGAAAUAUUAUGGAUACAGGUUUUUCCAACAGUAGUACUUCACCUUCAAGAAUAAAUUCAUUUCUGAUGAAUAAAGCAAUAGAAAGUUCAAGUAACAGUUCAUAUAUGAACAGCCAUGCUGGUUUUGAUCAAAUGAACAAUCUGAUUGAAAAUGAAGCUGCAUAUUCAUGGGAUGCUGAGAGCAAAUUGGAUUCAAUAUUUCAGUUUCAGUUUAGUGGGAUUGAAACCGAAGAAAUAAAGCCAAUUCCGUAACAAGAAGGUAGUCGAGGAGAUUUAAGUAAAUAUUCAAUUUUCAUCGCUGUGUCCCGACACUCUUUCAUCAAAAUAUACACUGUAAAGUGAAUUUCAGUUUCAGUUCAGUGAGAUUAAAACCGAAAGAAUAAGGCCACAGCUGUGGCAAGAAGGUGAGUCGAGGAGAUUUAAGUAAAUAAAUAUCCAAUUUUCAUCGCUGUAUCCUGAUAUAGAUUUUAAGGUUGUUUGUAACCCUUGCACAAACAUAUGUCGAUAAUGUAAGGAGUUUCUAUUGGAAGUUUCAGGUGUGAAUAUUGUUGAUUCUGUAUUUCUAUAAGUAAUAACAAAAAAGUUUUAAUCAAA